AUGAAACUUCUUCUGCUCCUGCUUCUAUUAAUUUUGUUAAUAUCCGAUACAAACACUAUAGUGCAUGAAAAAAAUCCUUCAACACGAACUACUAAUGAUCAACAAAUACUGGCAAAAGCGAAAAUUUAUUCUGAUCUUGCUGAAAUUAUUCAACCACUUCAUGAGUUACCACUGGAAUUUUCUGUUGAAGAUUGGUCUAAUAUUCGUUCUGAUUCAUUGACUCUUAUUGGGUCAAAUGUCAAUGUAAUGCAACAAACAAUUACUGAAAAGAAAAAUUCACUUAACAAUCAAAUUAUCUAUGUUCGUUCACCAUUAUCUUCACAAACAGAAACGAAAUUUCUCCAAGCAACAAUGAUUGAUGAAAACAGAAAUCUUGUUAAACUUAUUGAUAAUAAUAUUAGUCAAGAACCAAUCUUUUUUACUGUGUCAUCUGAUCAAAUACUUUACAUUAACGAACCACCUCAAUCAAAAUACUAUGUUAAUUUCACAUACUAUACAACAGAUACGGUAUAUGUUAGUUAUCUUUGUUCAAAUCUUAAAUGGAAAACGCGCUAUCAAUUAUAUCUAUUUGAUGAAUCAAAAGAACCAAUAUUGAUUGCAAUGGCUGAUAUUCGAAAUGAUGGAAAAGCAAGCAUUGAUAUCGAAUACGCUGAACUUUUAGCUGGUGAUAUUAAUUUACAAAUGUCUGAACAACCAAGCUCUUGGAUACAAAAUGACUUUUAUCGCACUUCAAUUGUAGGGUACGGGUCGCAACAUCCAUCAACAAUGGCACAGGGCCAGGAGGUUGCUGGUCUAUAUGUCUACACUAUUAAUCAACCAUUUUCUAUUGAUUCAAAAACAAAUUUUCUUUUACCAAUGUUUCGUCCACAAGUGAACGUGACACGUUUUGUACGUAUUUAUAAAACGUAUUUUUAUGGCGUUAGAAAAUCGAUUGGUAAAGGUGAACGUACAUAUCGUUUGUCAUCUGAUGUUUUUCUUCCUCGUGGAAAUUGUAUGAUACGUGAAUAUAAUUAUUUGGUUGGUGAAACAUUUUUACCAGAUAUAGCUUCUAAAAAUACACAUGAAUUUUCAAUUGGUCAAGACCCAGAUAUUUUUUAUAACGAAACUGUUACAUUAGUUUCAUCGCGUAUAUACAAUGAAACUCUUCAAGCAUCCAAUACAAUUGAACAACGAAUACAAUCGAUUUACAAUGUUACUGUCCUGUUUAAAAAUUUUAAGAAUAAUCGAUCAAUAAAUAUGGAAUAUAAACAAAUAAUUCAAGGUCGUUCAGUGCAAUUACUAACAUCUAAUAGUGGAUGCAUACGAGAUGGGACAAUAGUUGAAUGUAAAACAACAUUAUCUGCUAAUGAAGAAAAACUUCUCUUUUACACUGUUGAAAUCAUCAAUUAA